UCUACGUGGGGCGGAGGUGGGAGAGGGGGAGGGGGCAUUUCCUGUCUCUUUUCCUCUGUUCACUUGGGACCAGCGGAUGCGAGUCACACACGCUCGCUCGCUUGCUCCCUCCUCUCUCUCUCUCUCUCUCUCUCUCCCCCCCCCUCUCCCUGUGGAAGUUAGUGAAGGGGGGGCACAUUAGAUCACUUCAGCAGCAGCUUAAACGAGGGGAGUCAGCCUUGCAUUUCUGCGGAACGCGCGCGGGGUAACGCGGAGGACCGUGGAAAGGCGCCGAGAGCCGGGCACACACCCCGUUGCCUCCCACCUUCUGGCCAAAGUGGAGCAGCCGUGACUCUCUCUCUCUCUCUCUCCCUCUCUCUCUCUCUCCUCCCCCCCGUCGCUCCUUCUCCAGCCCUUUCCGCCUUGCACCUGUUUGAGUCGCUUCUGAAUCCAGCUGGUCGCCCGCCCGAGCGGUUUUUCCACCGAGGGAGAAAGUUUGGCUGCCUGAGGAGAUUCCCGCGCGCGCGCUUUCGGCUCUCCGAGCUUCGAGGGGGAAACGCGUCCACACGGGCGCGCAGACACGCGCACAUUUGGGGGCUCAGGGGGGGCCCUCUUCCUCACCUUUGAUCGUCGUGGUGAACUCUUACAUAAUUUUCUUCGCCUCGGCGCAGCAGCUCCUGUUUCCCGCCCAGAGUCGCCGUCCGCCUUGUUGGUCCCUUGCCGCUUCUCUCCCGGUCUCGCCGCCGCCGCCACACGCGCUUCUUCUUCGCCCGCUCUAUGUUUUGACGCUGUGUCGCCUGGUGGCCCCCGGAAAGCUGCGCGAAUGUAUAGCAUGAUGAUGGAGACGGACAUGCACUCCCCCGGUGGAGCCCAGGUCGCCACCAACCUCUCGGGCCAAACCGGAGCUGGAGGCGGCGGCGGCGGCGGGGGCCCCAAGGCCAACCAAGACCGGGUCAAGCGGCCCAUGAACGCCUUCAUGGUGUGGUCACGGGGCCAGCGGCGGAAGAUGGCUCAGGAGAACCCCAAGAUGCACAACUCGGAGAUCUCCAAGCGCCUGGGCGCCGAGUGGAAAGUCAUGUCCGAGGCGGAGAAGCGACCCUUCAUCGACGAGGCCAAGCGGCUGCGGGCGCUGCACAUGAAGGAGCACCCGGAUUAUAAAUACCGGCCCCGGAGAAAGACCAAGACUUUGCUCAAGAAGGACAAGUACUCGGCCGCGGCGGCGGCCCAAAGUCGCCUGCACUCCUUGCCCCAGCACUAUCAGGGCGCCAGCACGGGGGUGAACGGCACCGUGCCCUUGACGCACAUCUGA